AUGCUUCUGACUUUUACCCUUCAAAAAGCACGUGGAACGCAUAGCCCGCGAGUUUUUACGAGUAUCCGCUGCGUUAGUGUUAUGGCAAAUGUUAUGUCUUUCGAUAAUGUCCAUCAGCUUAUACUUGAUAGUCAAAAGCGGACCUUCUUUCCGCCUCCCUCAUUCCACGUCUCCCUUUUCACCUCUCUCUUUAAACCUCUCUCUCUCUUUUCACUUCUCUCUCUUCCCACCUCUCUCUCUCUUUCCACCUCUCUCUCUCUUCCCACCUCUCUCUCUUUCCACCUCUCUCUUCCCACCCCUCUCUCUCUCUUCCCAUCUCUCUCUCUCUUUCCACCUCUCUCUGUCUUUUCACCUCUCUCUCUUCCCACCUCUCUCUCUUUUCACUUCUCUCUUUCCACCUCUGAGAUAUCUCGCCUUCAUGCCAGUGUAGGCUCUUUAUUUCUUAUUCUUCGUCUGUAUUACAUAUCUAUCUUUUGUUUGAAAUACGGUGUUGUCAUAAUACUCUAG